AUGACAACGGAAUCAGCCAAGAGGCAAAAGUUGGAAGCUACAGAAAGCCUCAAAGUUUACUUACGAUCCUCCGAAGCCAAAUUACCAACAAAAGGAUCAGCAUUGGCUGCUGGCUAUGACCUCUAUUCUUCAGAAGAUGCACAAAUCCCAGCUCAUGGUCAAGGAUUAGUCAGUACUGACAUCUCUAUAAUUGUGCCUAUUGGUACAUAUGGUCGUGUGGCACCUCGUUCGGGGCUUGCUGUCAAACAUGGUAUUUCAACUGGUGCAGGUGUCAUUGACGCUGAUUAUCGAGGUGAAGUUAAAGUUGUCUUGUUCAACCAUUCUGAAAAGAACUUUGAUGUUAAAAAGGGCGAUAGAAUUGCUCAAUUGGUUUUAGAAAGAAUUGUUAAUGCUGAUAUUGAAGAAAUUACUGAGGAAGCAUUGACGAGCACUGAGCGAGGUGAAGGUGGAUUUGGAUCCACAGGUAAGAAUUGA